UUCAAACUUCCGGUAGUGUCAUGGCGGCAUGGUAGUGUCUGCUAAAAAGAGAAAAAAAAAUAGCCAACCCCCACCGCCCAGUCCCGACAGCGGUUUCAUAGAAUUAACGGGUUGAAAAAUACGAAAAGAGGCACUAUCCUUGUUGGGAUUGCAGGUAGCCCAUCGCGGCUUCCAUCCGGCCGGCCAUGGCGGCGCACAAACCCGUGGAAUGGGUUCAGGCCGUAAUUAAUAGAUUCGACGAGCAGCUUCCGGUCAAAGCUGGACAGCAGAGCACCCACACCAAAGUCAGUACGGAGCACAACAAGGAAUGUCUGAUCAACAUCUCCAAGUACAAGUUCUCUCUGGUUAUCAGCGGCCUCACCAACAUCCUGAAGAAUGUGAACAACAUGCGUAUAUUUGGGGAAGCAGCAGAGAAAAACCUCUAUCUCUCUCAGCUCAUCAUCUUGGACACACUGGAGAAGUGCCUGGCGGGGCAACCCAAGGACUGCAUGCGGCUGGACGAGACCAUGCUGGUGAAGCAGCUGCUGCCGGAGAUCUGCCACUUCAUCCACACGUACCGCGAGGGCAACCAGCACGCGGCCGAGCUCCGAGCCUCCGCCUCCGGGGUCCUCUUCUCCCUCAGCUGCAACAACUUCAGCGCCGUCUUCAGCCGCAUCUCCACCAGGUUGCAGGAGCUCACGGUGUGCUCAGAAGACACGGUGGAUGUGCAUGACAUCGAGCUCAUACAGUACAUCAACGUGGACUGCGCCAAGCUAAAGAGGCUGCUUCAAGAAACGGUGUUUAAAUUCAAAGCUCUGAAAAAGCCGGCACAGCUCAGCGUCAUCAACAGUUUGGAAAAGGCCUUCUGGAACUGGGUGGAGAACUACCCGGAUGAGUUCACCAUGCUGUACCAGCGGCCUCAGACGGACAUGGCAGACUGUGCGGAGAAGCUGUUCGACCUGGUGGACAGCUUCGCUGAGAGCGCCAAGCGGAAGGCCGCGGUCUGGCCCCUGCAGAUCAUCCUGCUCAUCCUGUGUCCCAACAUCACACAGGACAUCUCUAGAGAGACGGUGGAGGAGAGCAAGGUCAACAAGAAGCUGUUCCUGGAGAACCUGCGGAAGGCGCUGGCGGGGCACGGCGGCAGCAAGCAGCUGACCGAGAGCGCGGCCAUCGCCUGUGUCAAGCUGUGCAAAGCCUCCACCUACAUCAACUGGGAGGACCACUCCGUCAUCUUCGUCCUGGUGCAGUCCAUCGUCAUGGACCUGAAGGCACUGCUCUUCAACCCAGCCAAACCUUUCUCACGAGGGGCGGGCAGCCAGAGUGCAGAUGUGGACCUCAUGAUCGACUGCUUUGUCUCCUGUUUCCGCAUCAAUCCUCACAACAACCAGCACUUUAAGGUGUGUCUAGCCUCCUCAUCCCCGCCCACCUUCCACUUUGUCUUGGUGAACUCCCUGCACCGGAUCAUCACUAAUUCUCCUUUGGACUGGUGGCCCAAGAUUGACGCGGUGUACACGUACUCGGGGGAGCUGCGUACCAUGUUCUCAGAGACGCUGGGCCGCGUGCUGCAGGGCUACAGCACACAUGCCCCCCUGCGCAUGACGCCGAGUCUCACCUUUAAAGAGAAGAUGACCAGUCUUAAAUUCAAAGAGAAGACGACAGACCUGGACACCAGGAGCUAUAAGUACCUGCUGCUGGCUGUGGUCAAGCUGAUCCACGCUGACCCCAAACUCAUGCUGCACAACCCCGGUAAGCAGGAGAUCCAGUGCAGCACAGUGGAGCUGAUCACAGGGCUGAUGCAGCUGGUUCCUCUGGCCAGCAUGGGGGAGAUUGCUCAGGAGGCCAUGGAGGCCUUGUUAGUCUUACAUCAGCCGGAAAUCAUUGAGCUGUGGAAUCCAGACGCUCCCAUCGAGACCUUCUGGGACAUCAGCUCCCAGGUCCUGUUCUUCAUCUGCAAGAAGCUGAUUGGACACCAGAUGAUCAACAGCACAGAGAUCCUCAAGUGGCUACGGGAGAUCCUCAUCUGCAGGAACAAAUUCCUUCUCAGGAACAAGGAGAGCGCCACCAUGGGCAGUGGGAUCCCCAUCUGCCGGCAGGCACAGACCAAGCUGGAGGUGUGUCUGUACAUGUUCCUGUGGAGCCCCGACAUGGAGGCCGUGCUGGUGGCCAUGUCCUGCUUCCGCCACCUGUGCGAGGAGGCCGACAUCCGCUGUGGUGUGGACGAGGUCCCCGUGCAGACCAUCCUGCCCAACUACAUCACCUUCAUCGACUUCGCCUCCGUCAGCAACAUGAUGUCCACGGGCCGCACCGCCCUGCAGAAGCGAGUGAUGGCGCUGUUGAGGAGGAUAGAACACCCCACUGCUGGAAACACAGAGGCAUGGGAGGACACGCAUGCAAAGUGGGAACACGCCACUAAAUUAAUUCUUAAUCACCCAAAGACAAAAAUCGAGGAUGGACAGGAGUGGAUCAACAUGACCGGCUUCCUGUGCGCCCUGGGCGGGGUGUGCCUGCAGCAGCGCAGCAUGCCCGGCCUGGCCACCUACAGCCCGCCCAUGGGCCCCCUGAGCGAGCGCAAGGGCUCCAUGAUCUCCAUGGGCUCCAGCGAAGGCAACGUGGACACGCCGCUCAGCAAGUUCCUGGACCGGCUGCUGUCGCUCAUGGUGUGCAGCCACGAGAAGGGCCUGCAGAUCCGCACCAACGUCAAGGACCUGGUGGGCCUGGAGCUCAGUCCCGCGCUCUACCCCAUGCUCUUCAACAAGCUCAAGAACAGCAUCAGCCGCUUCUUCGACGCCCAGGGCCCGGUCCCCAUAAACGACACCAACACGCAGUUUGUGGAGCAGACCAUCGCCAUCAUGAAGAACCUUCUGGACAACCAUACAGAGGGCAGCUCUGAGCAUCUGGGUCAGGCCAGCAUUGAGACCAUGAUGCUGAACCUGGUCAGGUACGUGCGUAUCCUUGGCAACAUGGUGCACGCCAUCCAGAUCAAGACCAAGCUGUGUCAGCUGGUGGAGGUGAUGAUGGAGCGCAGGGACGACCUCUCCUUCUGUCAGGAGAUGAAGUUCAGGAAUAAGAUGGUGGAGUACCUGACAGACUGGGUGAUGGGCACCUCCAACCAGGCGGCGGACGAUACCGUGAAGUGCCUGACGCGGGACCUGGACCAGGCCAGCAUGGAGGCGGUGGUGUCUCUGCUGGCCGGCCUGCCCCUGCAGCCUGAGGAGGGCGAUGGCGUGGAGUUGAUGGAGGCCAAGUCCCAGCUCUUCCUGAAGUACUUCACGCUGUUCAUGAACCUGCUGAACGACUGCAGCGAGGUGGAGGAUGACGGACAGCAGGUGGGCGGGCGCAAGCGCGGGAUGUCCCGCCGCCUGGCGUCCCUGCGGCACUGCACCGUCCUGGCCAUGUCCAACCUGCUCAACGCCAACGUCGACAGUGGCCUCAUGCACUCCAUUGGCUUGGGCUACCACAAGGACCUCCAGACGCGAGCUACCUUCAUGGAGGUGCUGACCAAGAUCUUGCAGCAGGGUACGGAGUUCGACACGCUGGCCGAGACGGUGCUGGCCGACCGCUUCGAGAGGCUGGUGGAGCUGGUCACCAUGAUGGGAGACCAGGGAGAGCUUCCCAUCGCCAUGGCUCUGGCCAACGUGGUGCCUUGCUCUCAGUGGGACGAGCUGGCCCGGGUCUUGGUGACCCUCUUCGACUCCCGCCACCUGCUGUACCAGCUGCUGUGGAACAUGUUCUCCAAGGAAGUGGAGCUGGCCGACUCCAUGCAGACACUCUUCAGAGGAAACAGCCUGGCCAGUAAAAUCAUGACCUUUUGUUUCAAGGUAUAUGGCGCCACCUACCUGCAGAAGCUUCUGGAGCCACUGCUCAGAGGGGUCAUCACGGCCCCCGAGUGGCAGAUGAUAAGCUUUGAGGUAGACCCCACCAGGCUGGAGCCCACGGAGAGCCUGGACGAGAACCAGCGCAACCUGCUGCAGAUCACCAACCGCUUCUUCCUGGCCAUCAUCAACUCGUCCUGCGAGUUCCCUCCGCAGCUGCGUAGCGUGUGCCACUGUCUGUUCCAGGCAACUUGCCACUCUCUACUGAAUAAAGCCACAGUUAAAGAAAAAAAGGAAAGCAAAAAAUCAGUGGUUAGUCAGCGCUUUCCUCAGAACAGCAUCGGCGCCGUGGGCAGUGCCAUGUUCCUGCGCUUCAUCAACCCCGCCAUCGUCUCUCCGUACGAGGCGGGGAUCCUGGAGAAAAAGCCCCCGCCUCGCAUCGAGAGAGGCCUCAAGCUCAUGUCCAAAAUUCUGCAGAGUAUUGCUAAUCACGUUUUGUUUACAAAAGAGGAGCACAUGAGGCCUUUCAAUGAUUUUGUGAAGGGCAACUUCGAUGCAGCAAGAAGGUUUUUCCUGGACAUUGCGUCUGACUGCCCGGCCAGCGACUCGGUGAACCACAGCCUGUCCUUCAUCAGCGACGGAAAUGUGCUGGCCCUUCAUCGGCUGCUAUGGAACAACCAGGAGAAGAUCGGACAGUACCUGUCCAGCAACCGGGACCACAAGGCUGUGGGCAGGAGGCCUUUUGACAAGAUGGCCACACUCUUGGCUUAUCUGGGCCCCCCAGAACACAAGCCUGUUGCCGACACACACUGGUCCAGCCUCAACCUCACAAGCUCCAAGUUCGAGGAGUUCAUGACCAGGCACCAGGUCCAUGAGAAAGAGGAGUUCAAAGCACUCAAGACUCUUAACAUCUUCUACCAGGCCGGGACCUCCAAGAACGGGAACCCUGUCUUCUACUACAUCACACGCAGGUUUAAGACGGGUCAGAUCAAUGGUGACCUGCUCAUCUACCAUGUGCUGCUCACCCUCAAGCCCUACUAUGCCAAGCCCUACGAGAUCGUGGUGGACCUGACCCAUGCCGGGCCCAGCAACCGCUUCAAGACGGACUUCCUGUCCAAGUGGUUUGUGGUGUUUCCGGGCUUCGCCUACGAGAACGUGGCAGCCAUCUACAUCUACAACUGCAACUCGUGGGUGAGGGAGUACACCAAGUACCACGAGCGGCUGCUCACGGGCCUGAAGGGCAGCAAGAAGCUGCUGUUCAUCGACUCGCCGGGCCGCCUGGCCGAGCACGUGGAGCCCGACCAGCAGAAGCUGCCUGCGGCCACGCUGGCCCUGGAGGAGGACCUCAAGGUCUUCCACAACGCCCUCAAACUGGCCCACAAGGACACCAAGGUCUCCAUUAAGGUGGGCUCCACAGCCGUGCAGGUGACGUCGGCGGAGCGCACGCGCGUCCUGGGCCAGUCCGUCUUCCUCAACGACAUCUACUACGCCUCGGAGAUCGAAGAGAUCUGCUUGGUGGACGAGAACCAGUUCACCCUGACCAUCGCCAACCAGGGCACGCCGCUCACGUUCAUGCACCAGGAGUGUGAGGCCAUCGUCCACUCCAUCAUCCACAUCCGCACGCGCUGGGAACUGUCCCAGCCUGACUCCAUCCCUCAGCACACCAAAAUCCGCCCCAAAGACGUCCCCGGCACCCUUCUCAACAUCGCCCUGCUCAACCUGGGCAGCUCCGACCCCAGCCUGAGGUCAGCGGCCUACAACCUGCUCUGCGCUCUCACCUGCACCUUCAACCUCAAGAUCGAGGGCCAGCUACUGGAGACGUCCGGCCUCUGCAUCCCAGCCAACAACACACUCUUCAUCGUCUCCAUCAGCAAGACGCUGGCGGCCAACGAGCCCCAUCUCACGCUCGAGUUCCUGGAGGAGUGCAUCUCCGGCUUCAGCAAGUCCAGUAUCGAGCUCAAGCACCUGUGCCUGGAGUACAUGACGCCCUGGCUGCUCAACCUGGUGCGCUUCUGCAAGCACAACGACGACGCCAAGCGCCAGCGCGUCACCGCCAUCCUGGACAAGCUCAUCACCAUGACCAUCAAUGAGAAGCAGAUGUACCCCUCCAUCCAGGCUAAGAUCUGGGGCAGCCUGGGACAGAUAACGGACCUCCUGGACGUGGUGCUGGACAGCUUCAUCAAGACCAGCGCCACAGGCGGCCUGGGCUCCAUCAAGGCCGAGGUGAUGGCCGACACCGCCGUGGCACUGGCCUCGGGGAACGUCAAACUGGUGUCCAGUAAGGUGAUCAUUAGGAUGUGCAAGAUCAUCGACAAGACGUGCCUCUCACCCACGCCCACUCUGGAGCAGCACCUGAUGUGGGACGACAUCGCCAUCCUGGCGCGCUACAUGCUGAUGCUCUCUUUCAACAACUCGCUGGACGUGGCCACCCACCUGCCCUACCUCUUCCACGUGGUGACCCUCCUGGUGGCCACGGGGCCCCUGUCACUCCGCGCCUCCACUCACGGCCUGGUCAUCAACAUCAUCCACUCCCUCUGCACCUGCUCCCAGCUCAACUUCAGUGAGGAGACUAAGCAGGUUCUGAGGCUCAGCCUGACCGAGUUCUCCCUGCCCAAAUUCUACCUGCUCUUCGGCAUCAGCAAGGUCAAGUCUGCCGCGGUCAUCGCCUUCCGCUCCAGCUACCGGGACCGCUCCUUCUCCCCGGGGUCUUACGAGAGGGAGACGUUCGCCCUGUCCUCUCUGGAGACCGUCACCGAGGCCCUUCUGGAGAUCAUGGAGGCCUGCAUGAGAGACAUCCCAUCAUGCAAGUGGCUAGACCAGUGGACGGAGCUUGCGCAAAAGUUUGCGUUCCAGUACAAUCCGUCCCUGCAGCCGAGGGCCCUAGUGGUGUUCGGCUGCAUCAGCAAGCGCGUCUCACACGGGCAGAUCAAACAGAUCAUCCGCAUCCUCAGUAAGGCAAGUCCGCUGCUCAGCAUUGACAGGGGUCUAGAGAGCUGCUUAAAGGGCCCAGAUAAUUACAACAGCCAGGUGCUAAUAGAGGCCACUGUCAUUGCCCUGACUAAACUGCAGCCGCUUCUCAACAAGGACUCGCCCAUGCACAAGGCCCUGUUCUGGGUGGCGGUGGCGGUGCUGCAGCUGGACGAGGUGAACCUGUACUCAGCCGGGACGGCGCUGCUGGAGCAGAACCUGCACACUCUGGACAGCCUGCGUGCCUUUAACGACAAGAGCCCAGAGGAAGUGUUCAUGGAGAUCCGAAAACCGCUGGAGUGGCACUGCAAGCAGAUGGAUCACUUCGUGGGCCUCAACUUCAACUCCAACUUCAACUUUGCACUAGUGGGCCACCUGCUGAAAGGGUACCGGCACCCCUCCCCCACCACAGUGGCGCGGACGGUGCGAAUCCUACACACGUUGCUCGCCCUGGUGGGGAAACACUUAAACUGCGACAAGUUUGAGGUGAACACCCAGAGCGUGGCCUACCUGGCAGCUCUGCUCACCGUCUCGGAGGAGGUGCGCAGCCGCUGCAGCCUGAAGCACAGGAAAUCGCUGCUGCUCUCCGAGGUCGCCAUGGAGAAUGUUCCCAUGGACACGUACUCUGUGCAUCCCAACGACCCCAGCUGCAGGACUCUGCGCGAGAGCCAGCCCUGGGCGUCCCCCAAAGUGGAGCGUUACCUGGUGGCCAGCUACCCCAUAGUGGGGCAGAUAAGCCCCCGUACGCGCAAGUCCAUGAGUCUGGACAUGGGGCAGCCCUCCCAAGCCAACACAAAGAAGCUGCUUGGCACGAGGAAGAGUUUCGACCACUUGAUUUCAGACACGAAAGCACCAAAGAGACCAGAGAUGGAAUCCGGCAUCACCACGCCCCCCAAGAUGCGGAGAGUGGCCGAGAACGAUUACGAAAUAGAGACCCAAAGAAUAGCAAAUUCACAGCACCACCACCUCCGUAAGGUGUCUGUGUCGGAGUCCAACGUGCUGCUGGAUGAGGAGGUUCUCACUGACCCUAAGAUCCAGGCCCUGCUCCUGACUGUCUUGGCCACGUUGGUGAAGAACACGACGGAUGAAUUUGACCAGAGGAUCCUCUAUGAGUUUUUAGCUGAAGCUAGCGUUGUCUUCCCAAAGGUCUUUCCAGUUGUCCAUAACUUACUGGACUCGAAGAUAAAUACCCUUCUAUCACUGUGCCAAGACCCCAAUCUCCUGAACCCCAUCCACGGCAUCGUGCAGAACGUGGUGUACCACGAGGAGACCCCUCCGCAGUACCAGCCUUCGUACCUGCAGAGCUUCGGGUUCAACGGGUUAUGGAGAUUCGCCGGGCCCUUCUCAAAGCAAACUCAGAUCCCGGACUACGCAGAGCUGAUUGUGAAAUUCUUGGACGCUUUGAUCGACAUCUACCUGCCGGGGAUCGACGAGGAGACGAGCGAAGAGUCGCUGCGGACGCCCACGUCGCCGUACCCCCCACCCGUCCAGAGCCAGCUCAGCAUUACCGCCAACCUCAACCUCUCCAACUCCAUGACCUCACUCGCCACCUCUCAGCACUCCCCAGGCAUCGAUAAGGAGAACGUGGAGCUGUCUCCCACCAGCGGCCACAGCAGCAGCGGCCGCACGCGGCACGGCUCGGCCAGCCAGGUGCAGAAGCAGCGCAGCGCGGGCAGCUUCAAGAGGUCCAGCAUCAAGAAGAUCGUGUGAGAGGAGCACCCAGAACAACCCCCACCCAACCCCCUCUACCCCCCGGGCUCUGGCCCCACCACGCCAGGCGUCCUGCUGCAAAUUCUUUUCUCUCCCUCCUCCUCCUCCUCCCACCCCCCUAGUUAGUCCUCGUUUUUUUUUCUUUUUUCAUUUUGUAUGUUUUUGUUUAUCUUUGCCAAGUUUGCCUGACGAUCAACAUUUAUUGAAGAACUGCCUGAAUUUAAAGCAUUGUUUUGUUUUUUUGUUUUUUUGUUUGUUUCUUUUUUUUAAAGCCAGUCAGUGUUUGAGUUGAAAAGAAAAUAACUCCUCCACCUGCCCCCCCCCCCCCCCUUUUUUUUGGUUUGUUUGCAGGAUGCAUUCAUUUACAUGAGUUUAAAAUAGAUUAGACAGGAAUUUUUUUUGUAUAUAUUUUAAUGGAAGGAAAGCACUAAAUCUCACAACACUGCAGAUACUGGUCAUGUGUAAGCUAUUAUUGCUCCAAGUCCUCACUUUUCUUUGUUUCUUUAUUUUUCGAGUUCAGAAGUGCUGAUGAAAGAAAUUGUACAUCAUUGGCAAAUGUUCCCACAGUAUGGCUUUUUUAUCUAUGAUGGAUUGGGGAUGUACAUGGGGUUUAGAUGUCUGCUAGGAACACUGUUGUCACUGCAUUUCUCCCGAAGCUGAGUGAGUUUAGCCAACGGUUGAGAGUAUGAGCGUUUCAGCAGUCUGGACUGUAAGGCUUGAGGACAGACUUCAUAGGGGGCAGUGGACUGGAUUUAGGGUUUGUCACGUUCAGCAUUUCCAAGAAAGUGUCUUCAGUAGGUUCCUGAAAUGCGCAGCCACUAACCAAACUGCUGGAGGAACACCUAAAAAAAACAAAAACAUUUCCCCCAAAGCCAAAGGGGUACACACCCCUGUUUUAGCUUUGUCAGCACUUCAACUGGGAAAUCAUAAGUGUAUGUAUCUAUAUAAGAAGGCUGGACACGAUCCCAAAUAUGAAAAAAACGAAAAACUUUUAAUCACAAAAGCCAAUAAGAAAGGACUAUUUUAAAGAUAAUGAUGAUUAUAAUAAUCAUAAGGACAUGCAUGCACACGCAGUAUUGGAUAUGUUUUUCUGCUGUGCGCCUUUGCCAGAUGGUUAUAACGGGGGGGAAAUGGUAAAGCUUUCCUUUGGAAAGUAAGAACAGGUACGAGAAAAUAACACUAAAGAAUGCUGUCCUUAUCCCACUAGUGUUUCUAGUAGCAGGCCUUGUAAAUGUGCUAAUGUUUCUUUGGAAUUUCUGAGCAGUUUACGAUGGACUAAUUUCUCAAUUGAACACCUCAAAUUCACCUUGAUUUGUAUUUUUAAGCUUGUUCGCUGAUUGUUACAGUUUGCUCCUUGUAUCUGAAAUAUAAUUUGAAUAUGAACGUUUAAGACCAAUAGAAACAAGUGUAGUCUGUCCUGCUAGAUGGGGUGACUUGCUUGAAACAUCAGCUCUGCCUGUUGCUAGGACGCUGUAAGAUAACUGACAUGAAACUGUCCAUGUAAAAUGUAUAUACAGCGAUGAUCAGCGUUAUAAACUGAAUCUUAUGAAAGGCAAAUAUACAAUCAAUACCCACCUGCCUGAAGGUAAUCGCCCCGUUUGGCUGAAUAUUCAGUACAACUGCUAAAUAUUCAUAACUUUUUCAGAACAUUCAUUCAAACCCAACUGAUUGCAAGAUGCUAGGUUAAGCAUGUAAAUAUUUAAGCACCUUUAUAGAUUAAACAAUGCUGUCAUUCUAUUUGUUUAAAGUACAGAAGAUGCAAAUCUAAUAUGUUAAAAUGAAUUAGCCAAAAAUGCAUUUGAGACUGUAUGUCAAUAUUUUGACCUUCUCAAAGGUAAAUAUGUCAUAACGCUCCGUGGUUGAUUGACACUGAACAUUAACAAAAUGAAGCGUUGAAAGCACAGGAGUUGAUAUCUCUGUGACUGUCAGGCAGACGAGACGGAGGUUGGGCGUUGUUGGGGAGAAACAGCUCGCUGAUGACUACCUUUAGGGACCCUCAGCACACAACUGAAGUCUUGAUUAACUCCCAUGAAUCAGUGCAGCGGCCCACUGGGAUUUGGCACCAAUUACUGGAGAGCAGGAAAAUCAACAAAUGGAAACUUCAAACUAAUUGCUGGUUUUAUCUUUGUUUUUUUAUAUUGUACGAUGUCAGACCCCCCUGUGAGUGAGGAACAGUUGUAGCGUACCUUCCUCUAGCCGUACCUUACAUUACAGAGGGUCUCUUCUUCUGGCCCUAUCAGACGGUUCCUUACAUUAUAGGGGCUUCCUUCCUCUAGCUGUACCAUGGAGGUCCUUACAUUACAGAGGGUUCCUUUUUCCUGCCCUAUCAGACAGUUCCUUACAUUGCAGAGGGUUCCUUCCUCUAGCUCUAUCAGACGGUUCCUUACAUUGCAGAGGGUUCCUUCCUCUAGCCCUAUCAGAUUGUUCCUUACAUUGCAGAGGGUUCCGUCCUCUGUCGGCAGCCUCAAUGGCCCCGCCUCCCUCUGCCUCUGUUGUACAGCGGUUCUGAGGGAACACAUGGCUGGGGAAGAACCUACGCAUGUGCUCUAGACCACGGGUCAGAAGCUGGGAUUUUGUUUUGUUGCUGGCCGUUGUGUCCACUAAGUCAUUCUAAUUGUGCUUUCCAAAAAACCUUUUUUUUUUUUUGGAGAAACAGUCUAGCCCUGUUUGCAAGUUCUGAUAUUGAACUAAUAAGAAACUGUAUGGUGAGAGCAGCAAAAAAGGGUGUGAGUAGCAGAAUAGUUGGUGUGACACAUUGGCUAAAUUCAACUGAAAACCAUCAAGUUGUCUUAACAACAGAAGUGCUUUUUAUGUGUUUUUUUUUUUGGUUUUUUUUAUCAUGUUAGUGUGCAUAACCAUAUUCAAAACUAUAUUGGGGGAAAAAAAACUGAAAAGUUAAAAAUGCACUCAGUAGUUUUUGGUAACCAUUAACCAGUAAAUCUGAUCAAGCGUGUUGGCUCUAGAGAGAGCAAAUGAACCCUGUAUAAUAAACUAGUAGUGCUCAGUAGGUGAAUUUUGUUUACAUGUUUUAUAUACUUGAAUCUGGAGGACAUAUGUCUAUUUAAGCAGUCCUCCUUCUCAAAGAGAGAAUGCUAAGGGAAAACUAAAAAGGCUUUCAAAAUAUAACUGAACAAGGGUACCAAACACAGUCUGACAAAUGUGUUACACAGUGCGAUAUGGUGUAUGGAAAGCCAAAGUCUUGGAAUUACAGUAAAGUUCAAGAAUAAGCUCCUAUACCACUUAGCUUGAAGGCAAACUAUUUCAAAUAGAAAUGUAGUAGUUUGCUUUCAGUAAAAGGCUUGUAGGUUGGGGUUGUGUGCAAAACUUAUAAUUGAAAAAAUAUGGACCAAGCCAUGAAUCCGCAAACUACAAGGAUAUUUCUCUUCUUUUUUUUUUUUUUCUUUUACACAAAAUACAUUUUUAAUAAAAGUAAAGCCAAAAGAAUGUUCUACAACUUGUUUCUAGGUUGCAUUCCGGGCCUUUGCGUUUCUUGCUACUUGGCUUCUGCCACAGGCUACUCCAUAUUGCUGCAGAUGAUGCAGGUCUGUCUGUCAUCUUCUGAGGUUUUGAAGAUACUUUUUUUGGCUAAGUUUAUACUGUGGACUUUGCCUGUCUGUUUUAAUUCAUGCAUGAGGUGUAUUUGCAUCUUAAUUACUUCAUAACAUUUAUGUUUCUUAUUGGCAUGUCCCAGAUCUGUGGGAGUAUUCAGAAAGCUUGUGGCCGAUUUUACUGAGGGUUUUUUGCCUCCUUGUGUCAGAUUUAGACAGUAUUUGAAAAAAAUCUGGACUGAAUGAUAAAAAUGAGUUUCUCAGAGUUUUUUGGUCAUCUUUCUGUGACAGGAUUGUCAUACAUUGUACCACAGUUGUAUCUUCCAGCAAUAUUGCCAGUAGAAUUCCUUCAAGAUCGUGAGCUCACCAAGUACAAAUUGCGCUUUAAGAACACCUUAAAUGACCUAAAUCUUUAAACAUAUUGGCAGUUCAAAUUAAGUUUUAGAUGGAUUAAACUUGGUCCUCACCCAACAGCUUGCAGUUCAUUGUUUUCUAAAGGAGUGUAAAUCCCGGGUAUAAAGUCUCCAAUUCCCCACACUAGUUCAUAUUUCUCCUCAAUAGAGAGCUGUUCUAAGUCCUGCCAGGAUACUGUCAGGAGCCAAUUAAUCUGUUCAGAAAAUAUUCCUCAAGUCACUUUUCGUCAUACAAUACUGAACAGGAUUUACUUAUACUGGAACCUGAAUAGUCAACAUUUUAUCAGUUGUAGUAUUCUCUCAGUGAGUUUGUUUUGCCAUACUGCAUCACAGUUGCAUUGUAUCCUUUUUUAUUUUUAAUAUGAAUAUGGUCAACUUAUGUGGACAAAGAUGGUGCCAAUUCACUGAUAAAUCUUUUUAUGGGGAGAGUACUUGGCUUGAUUGAACAGAACAGAGCAUUGGUGGGACUAUCCAGACAAAUCUGUCAUUUCUUCACUCUGUGGGACUAGGGCUUGAUGCAUCCAACAGGUAGCAUGCUGACAGGGUGCCAGGAGUCAGAGCACGAAACAGACAAAGCCACAGCCUUUUUUGUUUUGUUUUUGGGGAGCAGGGGAGGGGUGGGGGUGACUGAGCUGUGUGUAUAGUUGUAGACUUGCACUAUUCCAAACCGCAGUCAAACAUUUUGUUCUGUAAAGUGUGAUGACCUAAAAUUAGGCACGUCUUACUCAAUGUUAUGCAAAACUGAUUUUUUGCCACAUGAAGUCACUUUUGAGCGUUGGCCACACUUUUCUGUUUAAGCUGUACGCUUCACCUCUGUAAAUAUUUUUGUGUAAAAUUUGACAGAAAGGUAUAUUUACUACACUGUAAAUACAUGUGACGAUAUAUUGUAUUAUUUUGCUUUUUGUAAAGCAGUUAGUUGCUGUACAUGUAUAACAUACAAAUUGAAUUAUUCUAGUGUUAGGUAUAACCUCUCUUUCUCUCUCAUUCUCUCUCUCUCUACCAUCACUGCAUUGUCAUUAAACAUAUUGAGGAAAAAGUUAAACCAAGAAUAUAAAUGACUAUGUAGUUUACACCCAUACUGUAUAAUAAGUUCCUGUCCUCAUUGAAUCUCACAAUUACAAAUGCUACCCUAAUAAAAAAGAAAAAACAUUUCAAUCUUGUUCAUGCUGUGUGGCAAAAUCAUGCCAGAGAACUUGACAAACUGCUGUUAACAUUGGAUAUGUUACCUGUAGAUCCCAUUUUAGAAAUCAUUGUUUGAAAACUAGCUCCCACCGUCUUCUCCUUUGCCAUUUAUGUCCCUCAAUGUAUGUAUUCCUUUUUUGGAAGUAAAAUGUAAAUUCAACCUGUUAAAAA